GCGCGCGCCGAGCCAGGGCGAUUGGGAGGCGGCGCGUGAGGCGCUGAGGCUUCAGGGAGCGUUAUGGCCUCAACCCUGCCAUACAUGCCUUGCCCCAGCUCUGCGAAGCAGUCCCUUCCCCGGGCAGCAGCCACAGGGGGUCAUGCUCCCUACAAUGGCAGGGAUACAACUGUCUCUGGCCCCUUGGGGACUGAGUUGACCCACAUGCGGCCAGGCCAGGGCCAGUCUGGGACAUGCGCUACAUGCCUAUGGUAAGAGCUUCUUCAGAUGGACAUCAUGUUAGCUGCAACACAUAGCAAUAUUAAUUGCCUCAAGCAGUCUGCUUCUGCCUUGGCGUCGGAGCUGAUGCGAAGGACUUGCUGGAGAUGGUGGUGAAAGAGGAGGCAUUCUCAGUGUCCUGUACAAGGAGCAAGACUCAUGGUUCUUAUUAACAUAGCUUGGUUUAUGUACAGACUGUUGUUCAGCAUAUAGCAGCAUCUGAAGAAACAUGGAGUGGGUUGGUGUUACACUGAUUAAAAAAGUAGGAUGUCAUGUCUGGACACAUCGACUGAUGAUUCCCCCCAAAAUGAGAACAUUUCCCUGUAGUGACAACUACAGAAUGCUGUCUAGCUACAAGCCUAAAAAUAUCAAGGACUCUUACAGAAUUCUCAAACUUCAGGAAGGAUGUUCCAUUGAUGAUAUAAGAAAUCCCUUUCGAAAUCUUGCCAAACAGUAUCAUCCAGACAGUGGUUCUGUCACAGCUGAUUCUGCAACAUUUAUGCAAAUAGAAGAAGCAUAUAGAACUGUGCUAACUGAUCUGUCCAAGAAAUUGAAAUCAAGGGAAGAUGAGGAGGAGGAAGAGGAAGACAAAUUCAAGUCCAAAACGCCACAACACCGACAUUACUUAAGUUUUGAAGGUGUUGGAUUCGGAACUCCAAGUCAACGAGAGAGACAGUAUAUGCAAUUUCGAGUAGACCGUGCUGCUGACCGAGUCCUGGAAUAUCGAAAGCAGAAACUUGAGAGCCAGUAUACUACAAAUGACAUCAUGAUAGCCAAAGAUGUAAGGCAGAGUAAGAAAGUAAAAAUAACCCAAGCAAUUGAACGCUUGGUUGAAGACCUCAUCCAGGAAUCCAUGGCUAAAGGAGAUUUUGAUAAUCUCAGUGGUAAAGGAAAACCAUUGCAGAAAUUUUCAGACUAUCUGCAUAUUGAUCCUAUGACUCACAACUUGAACAGGAUUCUAAUCGAUAAUGGAUACCAACCAGAAUGGAUCCUGUUGCAGAAAGAAAUACGAGAAACCAUAGAGCAACUAAGAAGGGGCAUACUGGCAUCUAGGAAAAAACUUGGAGAGCCAAUGACACUGUGCAGACAGAAACAAUGGGAUCACAUUUGUGAACAAUUUAUAGAAGAUAUCAAGAAACUAAACAAAAGAAUUAAUGACUUCAAUUUAAUUGUUCCCAUUCUGAGCAGACAAAUGGUGCAUUUUAGUGCAGACAAAGAAAUUGCACGAGCCCAGAAGACUUACAGGACUCUGAUGGAAGAAAUGAGGACCUCUGACAAAGACCCAAAGGAAAAUGAACAGGAAAAUGUCAAAUUGUUUAGGUUUAAGACUACUUUUUUUAAACUGAUAAAUCUUAUGUUAAGAUAAAACUAACAUCACCAUUUUGGCUAUAUAGUGCAUGUACUUUGUCAGUGCAGCUAGCAGUAUUAUAGUGGAAAUUUUUCAGAUUCACUGAAAAUAUCAAACCAGCCCUGUUACUGUUUAAACAUUUAAGGAAUCUAAUUGUCUGGCCUACUUCUUCACAUGAUCAGUGGGUUCUUUGUGAAAGCUGCUAAGGAACAAAUAAACAUUUUUUUUUUCU